UCCCCCCUCCCUCGCCCUGUAGCCAUUGACAAGGUGGUGAGCUGGAGGAUCUUGUCAAGACAUGCUCCCGUCAUGGGCUAUUGGUGUUGUGCUCUCUGCGGUGGGGUCAAUCAUUCUCAAUGUGGGACACAAUCUCAUGAAGGCUGCUCAUAUGGCCAAUGUCCUCGCAGCUGCCGCCGCUGACCAGCGCCCGGUCUUGUACCUUCGCCUGCCGCGAUGGUGGGCUGGCAUGGCUCUGUUUUUGGCCGGAAAUGCUUUGGACUUUGUGGCGCUGUCGUUUGCGGCGCAAUCGCUCAUUGCUGCUCUCGGUGGCAUCUCGCUCGUCUCCAACGUUCUCCUCGCCUCAAUCAUCAAUGGUGAGACGCUCUCGGUGCUCGACGGCGUGGGGACGGUGCUCGUCAUCUCGGGCGCCAUCCUGGCCGUGCUCUUUGGCAAUCGCAACGACAAAGACUACGACGCAGACUCGCUGUUGGACCUCUUUGACUCGUUGAUCCUCUGGAUCUAUUGGGCCGCAGUCAUUGGGGCUGUUACUGUCCUCGCCUUUGUUGUUCUCCGCAUCCGCGACCGCAAGGCCGCGCGCGAAGCCGCCAUCCGCCAGCAGCGGCUCAAUCGAGCUGCCGCCCCUGACGAAGGCUGCGACGACGACGUCAACGUCGACGCCGGUGACGACUGGGGCAUCACGCUCCUCCCGCUGCUGCACAUCUGCAUUGGCGGCCUGGUCGGCGGCCAGACCGCCAUCGGCGCCAAGGCCUCGUCCGAGAUGCUCGCCGCGACUGUCAUCCGCGGCGACUCGCAGCUCACGCAGCCGUGGGUUUACGCCAUUGUCGGCGUGACUGCCAUCACGGCGCUCACGCAGCUUCAUCAGUUCCAGCUGGCACUGUCGCUGGCGGACUCGCUCUUUGUUGUUCCGACCUACUACGUGGUGUGGACCGUCUUCACCCUUAUUUCGGCUGGCAUCUUCUACGGCGACUUUGACUCGGACCAGCUCGACGCAAGCCAGCUUGCGGUCUUUGCUGUUGGCAUCAUGCUCACCUUUGCCGGCGUCUACGCCAUCUGCCACAGGCUCCGCGCCUCGGCGCCCGCCGCACCCUCCGAUCCCGAGCUCGAGCCCGUCGGUGCCUCGGACUCCGAAAGCUCGCUUUAUCCGGUCCUCAUUCACCCCAUUGAUGCGCCCUCGUCGCCUUGCGCGAGCACCGCAACUCCUGGCGCCGUCUUUGUCCCCUGCCCCUUUUCAUCUGACGGCGAGAUCCGGUACUCGUCCGAAAAAGACGGCUGGUACUCGGAAUCCAUCCCAGCUUCGGGGUCGGGGUCGGAAUCGGGGUCGGGGUCGGGGUCGGGAUCGUCGUCUCUGGUCACUCUCUAAUCACACACCGAAUCUGUCUGCAGGUCGACUCGUCGUCGGCCCCGGCAACGUGCCAGGCCAAUCGCACCGCAGCACAACGGAACUCUACCCAGUACCCAAUUCAUCAGCUUGCUCACUGCGCCUGCCGACCAUCCAACACGCGUGUCAGCUCAGGAUCCACCGGCCUCGCGCAUUGGACUAACCGCUGGUCUCGCCCCCCCCCC